AUGCUGAGAGGCAGCUCCGGGUUCUACUGCUACGCCGUCUUGGAGCACGCCGGCAGCUGGCCGGCCCUCAACAUCACGGAGGCCCGGCUCGCCUUCAAGCUCAACACGGCCAGGUUCACCUACAUGGCGGUCUCGGACGAGAUCCAGAGGUACAUGCCGCGGGCGGCGGACCGGGACGCGCCCCGCGGCAAGCCCCUGGGGUACAAGGAGGCCGUGCUCCUCCUCAACCCCGCCGAGCCGCAGUUCAAGGGCGAGGUGGACGACAAGUACCAGUACUCGCUCGACAACAAGGACAACGCGGUUCAUGGCUGGAUCGCCGGCGCUCCCGGCCCGGCCGUGGGGUUCUGGGUCGUCACCCCCAGCAACGAGUUCAAGACCGGCGGCCCGCUCAAGCGCGAGCUCACCUCCCACGUCGGCCCCACCUCCCUCACCAUGUUUAUGGGAACACAUUACGUCGGGAACGACAUCGUGGCCAAGAUCAAGGAGGGCGAGCACUGGAAGAAGGUCAUGGGCCCGGUGUUCAUCUACCUCAACUCCAACCACGAGAGGGGGGACUUCCACGCGCUGUGGGAGGACGCCAAGGCGCAGGCCGAGGCCGAGGCCAGCAAAUGGCCCUACACCUUCCCGGAGUCGCCUGACUUCCACAAGGCCAGCCAGAGGGGCUCGGUCACCGGCCGAUUGCUGGUCAGGGACAGGUUCCUGAGCGGCAAGGACAUGCCCGCCCGCCGUGCCUACGUCGGCCUCGCCGCGCCGGGGCAGCCUGGCUCCUGGGCGACAGAGAGCAAGGGCUACCAGUUCUGGGCGAGGGCGUCGGCGACCUGCGGCAGCUUCGCCAUCGGCAACGUCCGGGCAGGGGUGUACAACCUCUACGCCUGGGUGCCCGGGACCCUCGGCGACUAUAUGCACACGGCUCCCGUGAGAGUGGAUGCCGGCGGCGCCGUUGUCCUCGGCGAUCUCGUGUUCGAGCCGCCGCGAUUGGGGCCGACGCUGUGGGAGAUCGGCGUGCCUGACCGGAGCGCCGCCGAGUUCUUCGUUCCUGAGCCCAACCUCAAGUACGUCAACAAGCUCUUCCUCAGCAAGGACAAGUACAGGCAGUACGGGCUCUGGGACAGGUACGCUGAGCUGUACCCCGCCGGCGACCCCGUCUUCACCGUCGGCGAGAGCCACUACUCCAAGGACUGGUUCUUCGCGCACGUCACGAGGAAGACGAGCAACGGCGAAGACGCGCCGACGACGCGACGUAUCCGGUUCGGCCUGUCGCGCGUCGUCGCCGACGGCACCUACACGCUGCGAGUGGCGCUCGCCGCGGCCCACAUGUCGAGGCUGCAGCUGCGGGUGAACGGGGCGCCGGUGACGAGGAGGGGAUCGUCGGCCGACGCUGGAGUGUUCGUGACGCCGGACUUCGGCGACGGCAACGCGAUCGCGAGGCACGGCGAUCACGGCACGUGGUGGAGCUUCGAGUUCGGGAUCAAAGGGUACCUGCUCAUGGAAGGGGAGAACACCUUCAGCAUCACGCAGGUCAGGGCCUUCAGCGAGUUCAUGGGGGUCAUGUACGACUACAUCCGGCUGGAAGGGCCUCCCGGUUCUUGGCGAGAUCCCACACAACUUCCGUGA